AUGAAUCCAACACCAGGCGUGGUCUUCCUCUACCUCGAGCUCUGCCGCGGGCCGGAGCUGCAGCAGCUGAUCGACGCGCGCGGCGCACUGGCGGAAGGAGAGGCGCGGCUCUUGGCGCGGCAGAUGAUCGCGGCACUCCUCUACCUCCACUCCCGGGGCAUCAUCCACCGCGACGUCAAGGCGGCGAACGCGAUGCUCGAUCGCCCACUGGACGACCUCAAGCAAACGCCGCUCGACGGGCGCCGCUCGUCGGCGCGGACGAGCGUCAUACACACCUUCCAACCCGGGGACGCGUUCGCGAGCGUCGUGUUCGCCGCCGCUUCGCCCGCGCACGGCACGUCGCCCGCCGACGCGGAUGGGUCCGCCUUGAACUUAAAGGCCUCAGCGUCGGCCUCGGCCUCGGCCUCCAAGGCUUCGGGAAAAGAAGCAGCGCCGCCGGUGGUGCUGCACGACCACGAGUUGCCGGCGCUCCACGAGAUGUCGCUGGUGGGCACGCGCGGCUACGCGCCGCCGGAGGUCGCCAACCUGGCGCCGGGCAAGACGUCGGCGCAAAUGAGCUUCGAGGAGGCGACGCCGAUAGCGACGCUGAUCGACGCGUACGCGAUGGGCAAGCUGCUGCGUUACCUGCUCACCGGCGUGCCCGCCGAGAAGAGCGUGAUGGAGCAUUUGAGCGCGGGAGCGCGGGCGCUGGUGGAGGGUCUGACUGAGGCGCGCGCAGAGAGGCGGGUAGCGCUGGCGACUGCGGAGCUCGACGCGUGGCUGGUGGCGGAGUGA